AUGGCAGCAGCGGUGGUGACUAUAGCGGAAGAGACGGCUCGGUCGGCAGGGAUGUCCAUCCACGAUGACGUCAUGCAGGCGCUUGUGCACCUAACCCUGACGUAUGCGGAACAAUUGGCUCGGGACGUGCAGUUGUUUGCACGGCAUGCCAAGAGGAAGAGAGUGGAACCUGACGACGUCAUUCUCUCAGCCCAUCGGAACCAAUCAGUAAUGAAGCUGCUCCGAGAAAUGGCGGUAGCUGUGGGGCAAGAGGGGAAGGUUGUUAAGUGCAAAUUUCCAGCCAAACCGGAUGGUUUGUGA